UCGCCUGCUGUAAUAUAGCACUCAGCUGACGUGUGCUGCUGGUUCAUAUUCUGCAUCAUCCUGACACAUCCGUGUUGAGCGUGUAAACACGGAGAGAAAAACACUUUUUUAUUUCCUGAAAAUUGAUGGCGUCAGUUAUGGGAUGUUUGAAGUCCCCCACCGCCGCUCACCUUCAGCUCCUGAUGAUGGUCAGCUUGACCUGCCUUGUGUGUACAUCAGCUGAUGCCGUUAGCUUCAAGGUCACUAUACCCGAGCCACGGGUCACUGAGGUCAAAACGUGUCGAUUGGACCAAGCUAUGGACAUAGACGUGUGUUUUGAGCAGCACGACAACGGGGAGAUAACAAUUGUUGACACCGACAAGAUGGCCGCUCUACCAGAGGGCACUCAGUGCAAGUUGAAACAGGAGGGAGGGAGUUUAACGGUGGUCUUGUGUGAGGGCAACGACUGGAGGCUCACAGUCCUUCAUGGGAAGUCGACUUUACCGAUGGAGAGACGUAGGAGAUUUAUUGGAGCAAUCAUUUUUUUUGUUGCUGUUGCUGCUUUAGCUCUGUGCGCCGCUUUCUGUUUUCGAAACAAGGCACCACGGCUGACGUGUGCGAGAAUCAAUGACGUCACCGCCAACAGACUUGAAACGACCGCUGUAGUGACGUGGGAGGUGCCGACAGCAGACGACCCGGAGGACGGCAGACUUGUACCCACACGGACGAAUGGGAACAGCCCAGGGUCAAGGUUCCCUGAGGGGUCUCACACAAUCACGUACAAGGCCACGGACCGUAAGGGGUCAGCCGUUACAUGUCAGAUGACAUUUCAUGUCAAAGUUCGCCGGUGUCCCAUGGUCAACACGAACCGACUGGACCACGGCACCACGACAUGCUGGCCUGAGGUCGACCCUAACAUCUACGGCAGCCAGUGUUCCUACACGUGUGGGCAGGGGUUUGAGUUGGUGGGAGCCACGUCAUCAGUUUGUGAGAGUAACGAGAGAUGGAGCAACCCUUGGCCCAGUUGUCAGUUGAUUACCUGCCCGCCCCCAACAACUACCAACGGCAACUUCGACUGCCCGUCCUUCGACUACCAGUCCACGUGUGUGCUGACGUGUGAUGACGGCUACCAGACACGGGGCGACACACAGGUCACGUGUCAGGCUGACAAAACCUGGUCCAGACACGAGCAAUGUCAAGAUGCUUCACCCCCACAAAUAACCUGUCAACCCCUGAUGGAGACUUUCGCUGGUCCAAAACGUAGCCCCACCCCCGUGACAUGGGUCAUCCCAUCUGUCAGUGACAACUCCGGUGUCAGUCUGACAGUGUCAAGUGACGUAGCGUCGGGCAGCAAGUUCCCCGCUGGACGUCACACGGUGACGUUUACAGCCACGGAUGACGCGAGGAACUCGGGAACAUGCAAGAUGGAGGUCAGCGUCCAAAUCAUCUUCUGCCCUGAGUACCUACAACCAAACGAUUCUGAUGUGUCCUGCUCUCAUGGAAACGAGUACGGGUCAGAAUGUGUAACAACGUGCCACCAAGGCUACGAGUUGGCCAACCCGGCAAGUGGCAGACAAGAAUGCCAGGAAAACCGUACCUGGAGCGGCGAUGUGCCAGUUUGUGUCCCACGCUCAUGCGCCCCUCCCCCUGACAUCCUUCAGGGUAAUUUUACCUGCCCACUAGGACAUACCUUCAAACAGAUGUGCCACCUACAGUGUAACCAUGGUUACCAAAUCACCGGACCGUCAAAUAUUACAUGUGGCGUCACGGUCCAGUGGUCACAGCAUGGACACUGUUUAGAUGUGAGCGCCCCCUACUUCCCUGCCGGCUGCACUGACCAGAUGAAAGUGGAGGCUGCAAGUCUAGGAGAGCCGACCUACGUCAUCUACCAGCUACCGGAAGUUGAGGACAACUCUGGGAUGAAGGUCACAGUUACAGGCGACCCUGUGUCAGGGUCCAGCUUCAGUCUGGGCACAACGGAAGUGACCGUCACGGCCACUGACCUUGAGGGAAACAGCGACAACUGCAGCUUCAGCGUUCUUGUCGAGUAUGUGUAUUGCAAGCCACCUUCCAUUGACCUGUCCGGUAAGAAUUUAAUCCAGUACACCUGCCCUGACCGUCACGUGAUGGGGGCCAGCUGUGGUCUAUCUUGUCAGGACGGGAACCCGGUCUUUGGUGCCAGCUCCAUCAGGUGCCAGAGAGACACGGACGGAAAUCUUACCUGGGCGUGGUCAGGUACUACCAGACCUUACUGUGACGCCAAAGCCUGCACGAAGCUGAAGAGCCCCAGGAACGGGGCUCUGAGCUGUCAAAGUCUGGCCACAGGUGAGGUGUGUUACCUGAGCUGCCACGCCAACACCACCUACCAUGCCGGUGCCCCUGAGUCUUACAGGUGUCUCGCCUCCACGGGGGAGUGGAAGCCCCAAAAAUUUGUCCCUGACUGUAAAGCUGGAAUAGCAUAUUCCGGUGCGAGGGUGGAGACGGAGUUCACGUACUUCACGAGUUCAUGUGACGUCACUAACGAGGAGAUUAAACAACUUUUUCUCUCACGGCUCAACAAGAGCGGGCUGAUGAGCGAGUGUGCCGAGUCUGGCUGUAAGCUGUCUGACAUCCGGGUCACGUGUGGUCACGGCACUGGCAGGAACAGGGGGAGGAGAGAUGCCACAUCUGUCAUGUACCAGAUUACCGUGACCAUCGACCUUGGACUACCUGGCGAAGAAACAGAGCCUUCAGAAACGUUAAACCACUACCAGAACUUGGUGAAUUCACUAGACGAGACACUGUACGAUCUAGAAGGUUCGGGCCAGUUCCAGAUCCCAGAGAUAGGAGAGUACCAGAGUUUUGCCUCCAGUGGCGUCACGUACGUCUGCCAACAGCCGGGUACAAAGUUCAUCUACUCCACAACGUUCUGUGCUGGGUGUGGUCCUGGCCACAUGUACGACAACACAACCAACAGCUGUAGAGUUUGUCCUAAAGACACAUACCAGGACCAGGACAUUUCCUUCAGCUGUACACCAUGUCCUAACAAUACAGUGACACAAGCUGAGAUGGCCACGUCAGAAGCUCUGUGUUUGGACCUCUGUAGACCUGGCCAGUUUUCCCACAAUGGAAUCCAGGCGUGUGACCCUUGCCCAGUUGGCUCGUACCAAUCCAAAUAUGGGAUGACGUCAUGUGACCUCUGUCCGUACAGCAUGUCCACCGUUGCUAUGGGAACGACCAGCGUUGAUGAGUGUUUGUUUUUCAACACCCGACUUAGCGAGACCACCUCCCAGGCAGCCAUACAAAUAUUUGACAAAAUUCCAACGACCUUCACCUUCAUGACCUGGGUCACCUCGGCCUCGACACUUAUGACGUCAUCAUUGACCUUCUCACUGGGGUCAGACCAGGACAACUCUACUGCAGCAUUUUUAGCCCUGGACAAAAUAAUUCUAGCCAUACAUGAACAGAGGGACAUUGGAGGGUUGAAAGUUAUCAGAAAAUGGAACCAUAUAGCCGUCUGCUACACGUCUGGCACCGUCUACCUGUAUGUCAACGGUUUUCUAACCGACGAGAGGUCAGGUUUGCACGUGACGGAUUUGUUCCAGAAGUCUCUCACUUUUGGCAGGUCAAACCAAGAUGGUGUUAACGCUGUGGUAGUGAGUGGCCUCCAGCUGACCACCAGCUUCUACACAGAGCUCCAGCUCCGAGAGUUGGCCACUUCCUGUCACAAGAAGGUCAAGACAAAUCUACUGGCCAGAAAACCUUGGGAGUUUCUUGCCCUUUCUCCCAGCACGUGCAAUGACGUGAACAUGUGUGAGGGCGAGCCGUGUGGCCAACACGGUACUUGUAUCUCUGGUCUGGACACGCUUCAGUGCGUGUGUCACACGCCGUGGUCCGGGGAUCGGUGCCAGGUGGCUCCAGACUUUUGUGCAGACAACGUGUGUGCUAACGGCGCCACCUGUGUCAACAUGCCAGAGGACAACAUGUACAGGUGUCAAUGUGCACCUGGAUAUUAUGGCGUCCUGUGCAAGCAAAGGCGUGAAACAAUAGACGGCCACUGGGGCAACUGGGGCGAGUGGUCAGAGUGUUCCGUCACGUGUGAGUCGGGAACAAGGUCAAGGACGAGGGAGUGUAACAACCCCGCUCCCCGAGGAGACGGAAAAGUCUGCCACGGUGAAGGUCACGAGGAAGAAGUUUGUAUCACCAACUGCUCCAAUUGUCAAUGGGGAACAUGGUCGCCAUGGAAACCGGAAGUAACUUGCGGAAGAGGUUUUGAAAUCCGCAUUCGAAACAAAAACAAAACCGAGGCUCAAAAUGGCGGGUCAAAGUGCAGGGGCCCUGCGCAUGUCUAUCGAUUGUUGAACUUACCCGGAUGUCCAGUGAACGGUCAGUUCGGCCACUGGUCACCGUGGUCUGAGUGCUCAGCAUCGUGUGGUGGGGGCGUGUCCUCUAGGUCACGUGCAUGUGACAACCCUCCUCCCAAAAAUGGCGGACAGCCGUGUACUCACUCACUGGCCAGGGAGAGCCGGACGUGCAAUGAGCAGACGUGUAGAGUGUGUCCAGUACCAGAGCCAAGAACUAACUGGAAGUCCUGGAACUGUACCAACCAAGACGGCGACAUGACCAGCUGCAACAUCGUGUGCAAGCCUGGCAUGGCUAUCGUGGAGGACGUCGACAACAUCUUCAUCUGUGGGUUCGCCACCAACUACACCUGGUCACAGCAGACGGUGGUCAACCCGGUGGGAAUUCUGCCAGACUGCACAGACAGGAAAAUCCCCCAGUCGAUCAAGCCACAGAUAACUGUGACCAUUGACGUCAACUGUAACGACAGCCCGUCCCCAGAACAGUUUGAGGAGGCGAUGAGUAAUCGAAUAGGUGACCUGGAGUGUAGGAGGGAAAACAAAUGUGGUUACGUCAUCAAGUCUGAGAGAAGGUGUGGCAGGAAGCGAUCAACAGGUGCUGUGGUCAUGACGGUUGACCUUGAGGUGCUGGGUUACGAUGAUGUCAAGGCCGACUACUUUAGUCAGCUUUCUGAAGAAGAAGCAGAACGCCAGAUGGAGCACCUGUACACGCUGGAGAAGAUGGUCAAGGAGAUCUCGGACAAGAACGAGACUUUGUUCUCGCCUGUCGUGGACGGGGUCGAGUUCAAAGGUCACGUGGAGACCUUUCAGGCGGUGGUGACGUGUCAAGAAGGAUCGGGGCUUUUACAUGGAUUCUGUGUCGACUGCCCAGCCGGAAGUUACUCCACCGGAAACGGCUCAUGUCUGCUGUGUGAGAAAGGUUUUUACCAGGACCAGGCCAAGAUGUCCGAGUGUUUGCCGUGUCCAAACGACACGACGACUUCCGGUGUUGGCGCCUACUCCAUGGAUGAGUGCACAUCCACACCUGUUUUGUACGAAGACAUCUUCCCACCGGUAUAUGACGGGGACGUGGGCACUGACGUCACACAGGUGACAGAUGUUGACAAUAGCACAGAACUGAAUGCAACAGCACCAGGCUGGAUAACAUCUGGAACAUCUGAGACACAAGUGACGACAUUAAAAGAUGGCACAUCAGACGACCAGACCCUGACUGUUGCUGUUUCCGUUUCUGUUGGAGUUGUUGUCCUUGUUGUCGUCAUUAUAAUCACUGUCGUCAUUUACCGAAAGAUGAAACAAAGACAGCAUCUAGUGGACAGCUUCCAGUGAUGGUUUUAACAGCAGCUGCUGACCAUGUAAACUGUCUGUCAGUCGUCUGACACGUGUGUCUGUCCUACCCCUGUCCACUCGGUCACCUGAUUUUUUUACAACAUAACCACACGACCAUCCGACCACAUGACCACCUGUCCACCUGACCACCUGACCACAUGACCACCUGUCCACCUGACCACCUGACCACAUAACCACCUGUACACCUGACCACCUGACCACCUGACCACAUGACCACAUAACCACCUGACCACCUGACCACCUGACCACAUCACCACCUGUCCACAUAACCACCUGACCACCUGACCACAUGACCACCUGACCACAUGACCACCUGACCACAUAACCACCUGACCACCUGACCACAUGACCACAUGACCACAUGACCACCUGACCACCUGACCACAUGACCACCUAACCACCUGACCACAUAACCACCUGACCACCUGACCACAUGACCACCUAACCACCUGACCACCUGACCACAUGACCACAUCAACACCUGACCACCUGACCACCUGACCACAUGACCACAUCAACACCUGACUACAUGACUACAUCAACACCUGACCACCUGACCACAUGACCACCUGACAACCUGACCACCUGACCACCUGACCACAUGACCACAUGAUCACCUGACCACCUGACCACCUGACCACCUGACUACCUGACCACCUGACCACAUGACCACCUGACCACCUGACCACCUGACCACCUGACUACCUGACCACCUGACCACCUGACCACCUGACCACCUGACUACCUGACUACCUGACCACCUGACCACAUGACCACCUGACCACCUGACCACCUGACUACCUGACCACCUGACCACAUGACCACCUGACCACAUGACCACCUGACCACCUGACCACAUGACCACCUGACCACACCACCACCUGACCACACCACCACCUGACCACAUGACCACAUGACCACAUGACCACAUGACCACAUGACCACAUGACCACCUGACCCUCUAUCCACAUGACCACCUGACCAAUACUUAGAGCCUAUUUUUUAAUACAAAAAUUGUAUAUUAGAAACUCAAUUUAAAAAGUUGGUCUAUUUUGAUCAAUUGUUCCAAACUUAUAUUUCCUUACUUGAACAUGAUUUUGUAUCAUCACUAAAUAUAUUAUCACAUUUUAUUAUUAUGAUGUAUAUAUUUCAUAUAGAAAUGUUUAUUAUUGUGAAAAAGUGAAUUGUUGUCGAAAUUAUAUUGUUGUAUUUUAUUAUGUUCACUAGGUUUGGUUGAAAUAUUGUGAAACUAAUUAUCAAAAUGUCGUGCACUAUGUACUGCUCUGAUUAUGCAAUUAACAAUUUUAUUUAUAGUUGAGUUUUUUUCUUUACAUUGAUUGUGAAAGAGAUCUAGAACUGUUUUUUUCCCACACCAAGACGCUGCCCAGUGUUGUUUGGCGCCACAGGGUCAUUUGUGUUAGCUUCAAAUAAUAAAUAACCUUUUCGAACGUGACGGUUCAUGAGAGAGGUGAAGGGAUUGUAUGGUCAGCACCACACCCAGCCGCCUUUGCUUUCCCUGUGUGAGUCAGGUAUCCAUCAAGUCACAGGAUUCGAACUCGAGUCCUUUGGGUUAGCAAUUGUAUGCUCCACCAUCCUACCACAACCCCCCCCCCGCCGUUAGCUAUAAUGAAAACGUCGUAUAUUGAGAGUACGGUGAGUUGUGUACUUAACAUCAGUCGUAUUGUCAUCCAAAGUGGCCCCCACCCCAACAUAACAAUGGAUAAAACUUUUUAAAACUUAAAUGCUAACUAGUUUGUCUGAAAUAUAUGUGACUAUUAUUGUCAAACAUUUCUAAUGCAAAUAAUAAUUCUAAAACCACAGUUAUUGCGAUUUUCAAAAUCGAAAUUUCAAUUUAAAAAAGUAGGUUAUCGUUGAUUAAAGUCACCUGUCAUAAUUGUGUUAUACUUGUGUUAUACUUGUGUUAUACUUGUGUUAUACUUGUCAUAUACUUGUCUUAUACUUGUCUUAUACUUGUCUUAUACUUGUCUUAUACUUGUCUUAUAAUUGUGUUAUAAUUGUGCUACAAUUGUGUUAUAAUUGUGUUAUACUUGUGUUAUACCUCAAACAAAAUACCACAACAUCUUUCACACAAUUAAGUGGUAUGUUCGUAACAUUAGAUAACGAUUUGAUUUAGGACUAUACCACAAUUUUCGAAUAACAAUACCAGUAAUAAAGAUUUCUAA